AUGGAUUUGCAGUCUCCGUCUGUCCUGGCGCAAUUGCCUCGCCCCCUUCACGCCUCCACCGGCCAGACACGUAUCGGCGAUGUCUUCAGUCUUGCCGAUGCGAAAAAACGCAAGCGCUAUGAAGUCGCAGUCGCCGUUGAUGGAGAGGCUGUGAACAUCUAUAACGUGCAAACCCCAAAGCUUGUGACAUCGUACGCUGUCCCGCCGCAAUCUACUUUCUCAUGCCGCCCAUGCUCAAUCCGCCAAAAAGUUACAAAGAAGUCUGCAGUUCGAAGGCAAACUUAUACGGCGGUUACCAAGCCUGAACAUCAGAUCAAAUGUUUCGUGGAGGAAAUUGGCAGCUCCAGCUCCAGCGCUCCGAUUAUCUCUUCGUCGACUACCACCGUCACCGACUCAUCCAGCCCUACCACGUUUGUUGGAAUAGUUCCUUCAAGCACCGAUGGAGAAGGAGAGGCGGACCCGUUUGAUAUCUUGGCUGUCCACGAGGAUGGUCGUGUGCGCAGAUUGUCCUCGGAUCUGAAAACUCAACGAUGGAGCAUCCAGCACAGCGAGAUCGCCAAAGUGUGUGCUACGCACAAUGUUCAAUCUAGCUUCUUGGUCGAGUUCGAAGAUGCCAAGAAGGCUUUGUUCAAAAGACGACAGGACCUUGCCUCAUUGGCACUAGGCGAUAUCACCAGCGCUGGUGUCGAUGAGCCAUCCAUCUUGCUUAUUGUGUCGCACCCCAAGAGUGCCGGCCGAGUCUCCUUGAAGGACAUCAUCGUUCAAAUGUUCUCUGUUCCCGCCGACUCGAAAUCAGAGUCUCGAUUGGACGAAAGUCAACGCCUGCGCCAUUUGCAAACUUUCCACAUCCCGGAUGUGAACGGCCUGGAGACUACAAAUGGCAGCGCAAUGCAGUGGAACUUCCAUUCAGGCUCAGCAGGAUUGAACCUCUCUUUUGAGAAGGGAUUCAUUAACGUUGAUCUCUCCCAAUACUCUCCCUCGGUGACAUCGCAGUUCGUUCUCGAGGACGAAAGAUUUACUUCGGUCAUGCGCAUUUCUCCACAAUCCAUCAUUGGUGCGCAAAAAUCACUCGUGGCUGUUUAUGAUACCCAAUACCAUUCUGUGCAGCGCAGUAUUCCAGUUGGCGAUCUUUCGUCAAGCACUGGAUCAAGUCCGGAAACACCCACCAACUUUAUCAGCUACUUUGCCAAACUUGGAAUCGCAGUUGCGACCAAGGGCAACACGCUCAUUGCUUUUGACUUGAGCUCUCUACCCAGCGCGCCCAGCUCUUCGCUGAAGCGCACUAGAGAUAGCCUACUUAUCGAUGCCAUUGGAAGAGGUAUCGGGUCAUCCGCUGCUCAGUGGGACGUCGCAUCCAAGAAACACCGAUCUGACAAUAUGGCCUCCCUCCGACUCGGCUCGCCGGAGCAAGUCGCUAAAUGGACACAGCUCACAUCCACCGUCGAGAAGGCCACCGCUGCCAAGAACGUCGACCUCUUCGACAAUGCCGUUCUGACCUACUUUAGCACCGCCGAUUCCUCGAAUGUUCUACCAGUGCGCGGGCAAUACGUCAACCCUGAAGCAACGCUGUACCUGCUGUCGAAGAUUUUCGCUGUCGAAGAGAAUGUGUCUAAUGAUACAGUGUCGGCUUCCUCAUCCUCUCAGCUUCGCGUUGCCAUGUGGCCUCCAACUACCUGCGACUGGCUCAUUCGCUUGGGCCACUUCUCUCUCGAUAAUGUCGAGAUUGCUCUGCGUCGAGCCUGCAAGCCCCGUAUCUUGCAAUCAUUCCCAACUGGCUCAUUCAUCCAGGCUCUUCUGGACUCCGAUCCAUCUCUCAAGCAGGUGAAUCAAGUGCUGGAUGGCCCCACCUUGAUUUCCUCUGACGAGCUAGCCUACGCUCUCAAGUCUUUCUUGAAUCAGGCUCGCUCUCACUCUGGGACUCUCGAGGAGACCGCUCGUGCGAUCACAAAUGGCGACCUUGCCACACCUACGCAAGAGCUCUCAAAACAGCUCGGCGCUGAGACUGCAACCCUUCAGAGCAUCUUCGCUGGGCUGAACACUUCCUUACAAAAAAUUCACUCCCAACCCGUGUCAGUCGUGGUCGGCUCUCUUCGCUCUAACCUAGCGCGCACAGAACUUAUCUCCAUGGUUCACCAUCUCCGUCUCGCUCUCGCCACCGGUGGCUACACCUCGCGGUUCACUGAAAAUCCCCCCACUCCUAUUACACUCGACCAAAUCACCCCUACCCUCUCUCUCAACGUCAUUGUUGACCUCCUCACUGCCUCCGUGGAUGCCGUCGGUCCCUCUGGUUGGAUCUCUGCCAUCCCGGCAGCAGGUGAAUACGACGACUCGGAUUCUGCUGCGGCUGCCGCCAGUCGUGAAAUGGAGCUGAUCGCGGAUAUGAAGUCCGAGGUCUCUGCAGCACUCGCCGGAGUCGAGGAGGCCACAUAUCUCAAGGGUGUCUUGUGCGAGUACCUUCGUUUCGCUGACCAAGUCGACACCUCCGACGCCACUUCCGAGGAUGCUUUGGCCAAGAUGGAUGCCGAAGCCGCCGGCCCAUCCCACCUGGUCCGCCACGAGAAGCUCAAUGGUGCCGACUUGAUGGUCUUUACCCGUCCUGGCGAGGGCGAGGAUGGCUUCGAGGGCGACCACGGUGGCAAGAUGCUGCCGCUGUCCCUCAAGGCUGCUUCCAACGAUGUCUCUCGCACCAAGACUAAGAAGUCCACUGGUGAGGUCAAGAACCGCAGCAGCCGUGAGAUUGGAUACUUGCGCCGCAAGGCGGUUGGCAAGUACUCAUUCGAGAGACUGAUCAUUUAA